AUGGAUGAAAUACCAACUGGCUUAGACAGCUCUACUACUUUUCAAAUAGUUACAUGUCUCCAGCAAUUGGUGCACAUCAAUGAUGCAACAUCAGUGCUUUCACUCCUCCAACCAGCACCAGAAACCUUUGAGUUGUCUGAUGAUCUUAUAUUGAUGGCAGAGGGGAAGAUAGUAUACCAUGGCCCCUGCAGUCAAGCACUCCAGUUCUUUAAGGAUUGCGGUUUCUGGUGCCCUGAAAAAAAAGGAGUGGAAGACUUUCUUCAAGAGGUAACGUCUAAGAAGAAUCAAAGGCAAUACUGGUACCGCAUGGAUAUUCCUUACAGUUAUGUUUCAGUGGAUGAGUUCUCUCAAAUUUUCAAAACAAGCUACUGGGGAAGAAUGUUAGUUGAUGAGCUCUCACAACCAUAUGAUAAAUCUCAAUCCCAUGAAAGUUCUUUAUCAUAUAGCAAGUACUCCUUAGGAAAAUGGGAUUUGUUUGAAGCUUGUAUGAAGAGGGAGAUUCUUCUCAUGAAACGAAACUCGUUUAUCUAUAUAUUCAAAACUGUGCAGCUUACAAUCACUGCAAUCAUAACAAUGACGGUCUUUUUGCGAACACAACUUGACGUGGACUUGUUAGGAUCAAACUAUUUAUUAGGUUCACUGUACUAUACACUUGUACGCCUAAUGAAAAAUGGAGUUGCCGAGUUGAUAAUGACUAUUACUAGACUACCCGUUGUUUAUAAGCAGAAAGCAUUCUAUCUCUAUCCAGCUUGGGCUUACUGUCUUCCAGCUGCCAUACUAAAGAUUCCAUUUUCAGUCCUUGAUUCUCUUGUUUGGACAUCAAUAACAUAUUAUGUUAUAGGCUACAACCCAGAAAUAACAAGGUUCCUCCGCCAGUUCCUUUUGCUUAUCGCUCUGCACAUGUCAUCAACCUCUAUGUGUCGUUCCAUUGCUGCAGUUUUUAAAACUGAUGUUGCAGCUACAACUGUUGGUUCUUUGGUCUUAGUACUCAUGUUCUUGUUUGGAGGCUUUAUUCUUCCUCGACCAUCAUUACCAAAGUGGUUGAGGUGGGGUUUUUGGCUUUCUCCCAUGUCAUAUGGGGAAAUAGGAAUAACACUCAAUGAAUUUCUUGCUCCUCGCUGGCAAAAGAUUCAAGAAGGAAACAUCACCGUUGGAAGAGAGGUUCUCAAGAGUCGUGGUUUAGACUUUGAUAGCAACUUUUUCUGGAUAUCAAUUGCAGCAUUACUUGGUUUCGCAGUAGUAUUUGAUAUCCUAUUUGUAGUAGCAUUAACUUACUUAAAAGGCAGGGUACGCUGUUAUGGGAGAAACAUAACUAAAACUUCCUUAAAGAGAAAGGCAGAGAUUAAUGCUUUGAAACAAGCCCACAGUGAAGAGGUCUCUACAUUAAUGGACGAGUUUCAAGAUAAGAUUGAUAGAUUGCAAAAUGCUUUUAAGACCGUAAUACAACAAUGCAAUCCUCAAAUUAAUAUAGAGUCAAUUGAAGAUUUGUUAGGAUUAUCUCAUGGAGAUGCUAAUAGUUCCCCAAAGGAUAUAAGACCGCAAAUGCAUUCAUCUACAUCAACUCAUGCUCCAUGUCAUGGAAAGGACGAUAUAAAUGAUGAAAUUCAAGAGGACGACAUAAAUGAUAAAAUUCAAGAGGACGACCUAAAUGAUAAAAUUCAAGAGGACGACGUAGAUGACGAAUUUCAAGAGGACGACAUAGAUCUAGAUGAUGAAUUUCAAGAGGAGGAUAUAGAUGGUGAAUUUCAAGAGGACGACGUAGAUGAAGAAUUUAUGGAGGAUGACAUAUCUAACGGAUUUCAAGAGGACGAUCUGGAUGCUUUACUCCUAGAAGACAAACUUGAAUGA